CGCACCAAGGAUCCCCGCGUCCGCAGAGCUGCUUUAACACUCUCCCGACUUCGUAAUGGUGAUCUCCGUCUCUAUUCCUUCUCCCGACUUUUCCCCAUAUCGCCCCUGUCCUCCCUACAGAUGCAGGAUAUACAGACCCGAACUCGUCGGUCGUGAACGCAUACUUGAUCGCGGAUAGCUCGGGUCCCGUCUUCCGGCGCACCCUCUCUCAUUCCAGGCACCUUGGGCAGCCCAACCAUGGCCAAGGCUUUGCUCUCACGCCGCCCGUCCGCACCUCGCGUUUAGCGAGCUCAUCCCCGCGUUUGAAGCACGCGCCAGGGUGUCCUGUUUGCGUCAGUGUGUACCGCUGUAUAUCUUGCACUCCCCGUACUAUUAUAGGCAGGCGUUUCGCAAGAUGUACAAUGAUGCUGCGUCUCUUUGACUGUUUGACCGCGGAUCGGUGCUGUUUCAUCGUUUUUAAACUAUCUUUCCACAAGUCGAAUCGGGAGGGUCGGUCUGCGUGUCUGACGCACACGCCGAUCCGACGUGUCGCGACAAGUCCUAUCUCGCUCGUGCGUAGCUAGCUUCUCAAAUACUGAAGUAGUAGGAUUACCUCAUGCCGGAGAUGUUUUGCUCCUCUGCGUCACAUGCUGCGCACGAGCCAUCUUAGAAACUGGGAGGCAGGUUAGGAGGUGGGUGUCGGUCGGUCGCCCUCCUUCGUUCCAGGGUAUUUUUCUCGUGCCCUCCCGCCAUCCCCAUCGAGCUCGUAUUUUUUCCUGCCUAGAUACGUCGAACUUUGUUGUUUCUGUUCCCGGUUUUUCUUCUUCUUUUUUUUCGCCCCCAUGUUAUACUUAUGUCGGGUUAUUCAUCAUAUAUUGUAGUCUGCUCCACGUAAUAUUCUCGAGCUCCCGGUCAGCCUGGGAGUCGCGGCGCUUCUACCUCUUGGUGGCGAACCAGCUACCAACUGCGACCCCGAUCACUCCCCCAUGGUAUCUUCAGUAUCCGGCUUAUAUCGCUCCCAUUCCCUUUCCACGUAUAGCCACCGUAGGGUUCCAUUGCUUGCCUCUAUUUCUGACUUUAAUGAUCGUCUCUUACAAAGGUGAUGUCGCGUUCA